GAUUACGUCAUGUGCCUUCGUUAAGUCCCCUCAAAACCCCUCUGCCUCUUCCUCUGUUGCCUGCCGCUGCACCUCUUCCUCCUCCUUUUCCUCUCCGUCGGUCUCAGCGCCACAGACAGCGCCGCCGCCUUCUCUCCUUCUCUCAGUCUCAAUCUUCACUGUCAAUCAAAUUUGGACUGGAUUGAACUGAGGAAAAUUUAGAGUUCAGACUGCAACUGUUGUACGGGCCUACGAACAUAUUUGCUUGCAUGAAGGACGCACUGAUCGUUCGCUGCAUAUAGUGAGGAAGAAAGCGGAAAGUGAUAAAGGAAUGGAGAUAAAUUUGGGGCACUUGGCGUUUGACAUUGAUUUUCAUCCAUCGCAGCACUUGGUGACUACAGGUCUUAUCAAUGGCGAUCUUCACUUGUACCGAUAUGCAUCUGAUUCAGUACCUCAAAGGGUGUUGGAAGUUCAUGCACACAGUGAAUCUUGCAGAGCUGUUCGCUUCAUCAACAAUGGCCAAGCCAUUUUGACGGGCUCUCCCGACUGUUCAAUUCUUGCAACGGAUGUGGAAACUGGUGCUGCUAUUGCUCGCCUUGACGAGGCUCAUGGGUCUGCAGUCAAUAAGCUUAUAAACUUGACUGAGUCCACAGUUGCCUCUGGAGAUGACGAAGGCUGUAUUAAGGUGUGGGAUACCAGGCAACAGUCUUGCUGCAAUACUUUCAAAGCUCAUGAAGAAUACAUUUCUGAUAUGACUUUUGCGGCUGAUUCCAUGAAACUCCUAGGAACUAGUGGAGAUGGGACUCUUUCUGUUUGCAAUCUUCGAAGAAAUAAAGUGCAAGCUCAAUCUGAAUUUUCAGAAGAGGAGCUACUGUCUGUGGUUAUCAUGAAGAAUGGUCGGAAAGUGGUGUGCAGCUCACACAUUGGGAAUCUGUUAUUGUAUUCAUGGGGAUCUUUCAAGGAUUGCAGCGAUCGAUUUGUUGAUCUCUCUCCGAAUUCUGUUGAUGUUUUGUUGAAGCUUGAUGAAGAUAGGUUGAUCACUGGAUCUGAAACUGGACUUAUCAGCCUCGUAGGUAUAUUACCCAACAGAGUCAUCCAACCUAUUGCAGAGCACUCAGAAUACCCGGUUGAGGGUCUUGCUUUUUCCCACGACAAAAAGUUUCUGGGCAGCAUAGCACAUGAUCAGAUGUUGAAGCUGUGGGAUAUGGAUGAGUUAUUGCAAGGUUCGACGAAGCCUUCAAAGCCUCAGGCAGCUGUGGAGGACAGCGAUAGUGAUGAUAUGGAUAUGGAUAUUAAUCCUCCGAAGUCGAACAAAGGGACCAAAAGGAAAAAUGCAAGCAAAGAUCGUGUUUCGGGAAGUUCAAACGAUUUUUUUGCUGAUUUACAGAUGGAGGGUUGAAUACGGUUUGUAAAUUCCGGUACAACAUUUUUCGUUGGAGCAAAAUGCAUAUAGUUUCCCCUCACAAUUGCUAGACCUCUUUAUCAAUUGUUCCCAUAACAUGCUUCAGGGGAUUAUAAGAUAUUCAGUUUUGGUUUAUGUUAACUUUUAUUAUGCAAGGGAGGGAGGUUUUCAAUUUAAUUAUUUGUCGAACCAAUCUUUUGUAUCUGAAGUUGUAAAAAAUUCUCCGUCACAGUUUUGCCAUCAA